GCGGCGCGUGGUGUCCCCCCUCCCCGCGAGGGAGGGACCAGUCCUCCAGCGUCCCAUGAUGCAGCGCGGGGGCGGCGGCAGCGGCGACAGCGACGGUGGCGGCCGCCAUGUUGUGGUAGUUUGUUGUUCUCCUGCGGUUGCUGCGCGCGGAGAGGCCGCGGGAGGGGACGCGGCCGCGCCGUGAAUCCGGGCCCUUCCCCCGGCCCCGUCUGCCCGCCGGCCCAGAGGAGGACGCGGGGGCGCCGCCGGGAGCCUCCGCCGCCGGGGCAGGACGAAGAGCCAUGGCUGCCGCCCUGGGAGGAGGAGCAGAUGAUGACUUUGAUCAGUUUGAUAAGCCUGGUGCGGAAAGGUCUUGGAGAAGAAGAGCUGGAGAUGACGACUGGGACAGCGAGCUUGAUGACGACUUGCUCGGAGAGGAUCUGCUACCCGGCAAAAAGAAUCAGUCAGACUUAUCUGAUGAAGAACUGAAUGAUGAUCUUCUGCAAAGUGACAACGAAGAGGAACCAGAUUUUGGUUCUCAAGGUGUCACAGUCAGCCUCAACGCCACGUCUGGCAUGCUUACAUCCUACGAACUUUCUGAGACCAUCAAUGAUCAAUCCAUCGAACAUGAGUCUGAAUAUGACCAAGGGGAAGAUGAAAUAGUUUAUGGCAAAUCAGAAGCACCUGAAGUCUAUGGUUCAGAAUAUGCAGAGGAGGGACAUUAUGAAGGCAACGAUCCUGAACUGACAGAAGACCAAAUAGAAUAUGGGGAAGAGCCUGGAGAAGAAGAUGAAGUGCUAGACCUUGAAAUCAAUGAACCUCUAGAUGAAUUUCCAGAUGAAGAUUACAUGCAGUCAUAUAAUGAGCAAACAAUGGAAGAACAAGAAGAAUAUCCAGCUGAUGAGGAACUGGAAGAUUCCCAGCCAAUAACAAAUGAAUCGGAAGAGGCAGCUAUUGAAUCUCUGGAGCUUCAGGAAGAAACAAAAGAAGAAUCUGAUGAAGAGGAGGAUGAAGAUGAAGAGUCUGGACGACUACGUUUCAAAACUGAGCGGAAAGAAGGAACGAUAAUUAGGCUAUCGGAUGUGACAAGAGAAAGGAGAAACAUUCCAGAAACUUUGGAACUCUCUGCAGAAGCCAAAGCAGCAUUACUUGAAUUUGAAGAAAGAGAAAGGCAACUUAAGCAGGGGCGAUACGGCUCGAGGAGAGGAGGGCGAAGAGGGGGCUCGGUGAUGUGCCAUGGGAUGGGCGAACAAAGGCGAGACAACAACGAGAGGGGACGAAUGAAGGAUCACAGGCCUGCGCUGCUGCCCAGCCAGCCGGCCUCCAUGACUCAUUCACAGAGGUUAAUUCCACCACACCAGCAACCUGUUAGGAGUCUGUUCCAGCAGCAGCAGCCGCAACAACAGCAACAACAACAACAGCAGCAGCAGCAGCAGCAGCAACAGCAGCAACAGUUACAAUCUCUGCUUCCUUUACAGCAUCAGCAUCAUUCUUCCCCUCCUCCAGGGCUACAUAUGCCCCCUCAGAUAGAAACCCCUAGAAUAAUGAUGACUCCACCGCCAGUGACACCUCAGCAACCGAAGAACAUACACAUAAACCCACAUUUCAAGGGGACAGUAGUGACGCCUGUACAAGUGCCCUUGCUGCCAGUUCCAGCCCAGCCAAGACCUGCCGUAGGACCCCAGAGAUUUCCCGGCCCUCCAGACUUCCAGCAGCAUACUCCUGGACCUGUUCCUACCAACUUCUCCCAAGCCCCGAGGCUGCCCAUGCAGGACCAGUGGAGAGGCCCGCCGCCCCCUCCGCCACCACUCCCUCCGCCACCGCCUCAGGAAAGAGACUCUUUCUUCUUAGGAGAUCCCCGGUUUCCCGGCCAUCCCCUGUUCGAGCAGCGGAGCCCCCCGCCGCCGCCGCCCCCGCCGCUCCUUAACAGCGCGCACCCCGUCCCCACGCAAAACCCGAUGCCCUUCAGCCAGCCGGGGCCGGCGUUCAACCAGCAGGGGCAGCAGCCCGUCUUCCCCCGGGAGAGGCCCGUGCGGCCCAACAUGCAGCCGCAGGGUCCCGUGGGGAUGCUGCACUUCAACCAGCCGGGCUCCGCCAGCCCGCGCCCUUUCAUGCCGCCGCGGCAGCAGUUCCUGCAGGCGCCGGCGCAGCCCUUCCUGGCCACGCACACGCAGCCCAGCAUGCAGGGUCCGUUGCAUCCACCACUGCAGCCCCAGCCCCAGCCUCAGCCCCAGCAGCACCAUCACCAGCCGCAGCAGCAGCACCAUCACCAGCAGCAGCAGCAGCAGCACCAUCACCACUUGCAGGGCCCCCCGCAGCCCUUGAUGCCCAUGAACCAGCCCCAGUUCCGGCCCCACAUGCCGGCCACUCAGCAGCAGCCCAAUAACAACCGGAUGCAGUGCCAGCAGCGACAGCCCAUGAAGCCCAGGCAUAACACACCCUCCCAGAAUAUUGUCAAGCGUUCCAAUCAGCAGCUACAAACAACUGCUCCAAGAAACAGCAACUUGCGUGAGUUGCCAAUAGCUCCGUCACAUGUGAUGGAAGUGAGCAACAACAGGCGAACUUCUACUCCAGCUGCUCAGGUCAAACCCAUUACCAGCACUAUGUCUGCCACCAAGCCUGUAGCUGGUAUUGGAAACUCACAGGGAAGGCCUGAGAUGAAAGCUAAAACAAUCACACCAAUGGGCCAAACAAAAUCAGAAGUAAAAUCUGAACCAGAGUAUCCAGAUGAAGAUGAAGAAACUAGAUUGUAUCGUUUGAAGAUAGAGGAGCAGAAGCGUCUCAGAGAAGAAAUCCUGAAGCAGAAGGAGCUGCGACGGCAGCAGCAGGCUGGCGCUAGGAAGAGAGAACUGCUCGAAAGGCUCGCGCAGCAGCAGCAGCAGCAGCCUGCCACGCAGCCGUCCUACAUGCAGCAGGAAGAGGAGUCCUGCGAGUUCCCCACCAACGGCAACCCUUACAUACCCCACUCGGGCUUACAGACCAGGCCAAAUGUGAAAAACAGACUCCUUGUUAAAAAGCAAGAUAUGGUAGUUCCACACAUGCAACCCAAACCCACGGAUUUCCCGCAGGUUGGGGCUAAUAUGCAGUAUCAAGGACACCAAAUGAAGCCGGUGAAACAGCUGAGGCCAACCAGAACGAUACCUCCAAGUCAGCCUCAGGCAUCGCCAAAGGUAUUGCAGCCGAAGCCCGCCGCCGCGGCGCUGCCUGCAACGCAGACUGCUAGAGUGACUACAGUACCAGCCCGGUCCCAGGAGCUGAAGCCCGGUGUGAAAAGGACUGUCAUGCAGCGCACAAACAGCGCUGGCGGAGACGGGCCCCAUGUCGGCAGCAAAGUCAGGGUGAUUAAGUUGUCAGGAGGGGUCAUUAUGCAUGGGAGAGGCAGAGGAGUAGCAGGCCAGAUGGGCCGAGGACGCUUGAUGCCAAAUAAACAGAACCUGCGAGUGGUGGAGUGCAAACCUCAGCCCUGUAUUGUGUCAGUUGAAGGGCUUUCUUCAUCAACUACUGAUGUCCAACUGAAAAACCUGCUGAUGUCAGUGGGACCCAUUCAGAGUUUACAGAUGCUUCCUCAACAACGGAAAGCCAUAGCAAAAUUUAAGGAGCCAGCACACGCUUUAGCAUUUCAACAGAAAUUCCACAGGCACAUGAUAGAUCUGUCCCACAUAAAUGUGGCACUGAUAGUUGAGUGAUGUCUGCUGAGAGAGGUCCUUACACUAAUAGGAGCGUACUGUGGCGUUACACGAGACGCAGUGGCGAGACCAUCAGGUUCUGAAACCUUUCAUCUUGCAGUCUUUAAUUGCUAUGUUGAACUACAGAAAGCGACAAGAUAUCCUCAAGGAGAGCUGAACUUGAGAGGAUCUACAAAGGUGGAAUUUCUGUUCCGUUUGUUCACGUUCUGUUGUAACCACAUGGAACUACAGAUUUUUUUCAAAAUGCUUACAGUGCAUAUAGACACUGUUCUUCAAGAUGCUACUGUGUGACCACAGUGACUUGAGAGAGAACGUUUACAUCGAAAGAUCUAAAAACUUUCUUCAUAGCAAAGAAUAUUUGAUAAUGGUUGCUCUUAUCUUCAGUGUGAGGUAUUUAAAUGAAAACUCACCUUUUCUAAACAAAACACCUUAGUUAUAUUGUAUAUGUGAGCCUAUAGAAGGUAUCCUUACAUAAACAUGGUCUACUUCACUGAGUAACAGUAUGCUAAGAAGCUUUGGAGGUGACACUGGAAAACUGUAGUUUCUAUCUCUGUAAAUAUUCUAAGUCUGUCUUUGCAUUUUCUAUUCCAACACAGACUUCCAUCUUCUCCUUCCAUCUUCACUUAUUCCAUAACACGCUGUGUAGGAAUAAUAUUGCUGUAUUUUCCCUUGGCUUUUAAAAACAAAGAUCUUUGCCCUCCAGUAGCAUCGUGGGGUAGUUGACUCCAAGUUGUAACUAAGUUGUUUUAAAUGACAUUGCCAGAAAUAAGGAAAAAGAAAUAUUUAGUGGCUCACUUUAAAAAUGUUACACAGGAAGAGUGGUGCAUUCCUAAUAGUUCUUUUGGGCUAGUGCUUCAUAAUUGCCAUACACUUUAUUUUGAUUAGCUUUUUUUCUUUGAGAUUUAUUUUGUGACUAAUGCUGAACCAUAUGAAACCCAUAACUGCAAGGAUUUAGUUUGAUAUGUUGUUCCCGAUAAAAACAGGACGAUAAGAACUUUGUGACUCUGCAGUUCCAAAAAUUAUGUGCAAACUUUAAGGAGCUCUAUUUUAUUCAAAGCAAAAUCCAUAGCAUUUCCUUUUGGUUAGAACCAUUUAGAUGGUAUUGCCAAAGGAACAACUUUUUUUCCAGUUAUUUUUGAAUAAACUUAUUAAAAUGUCAUCUUUAUAUUGGAUUGCAGUUUUUAUGAACAUUUCUUUAGUUUUUAGACUGUGAGCUUUUGCUUGAUCCUUUAUUUUAGGAAUACUCUUAAGCACUCCACCUGCUAUAUGAAUGGAAGAACUUGCAGAAGCUUUGUAGGCUUGUUACCUGAGCAACCCCAGAACACCACUGUUGGUAUGUAACGGAACAGCUGUGACUGGGGUCCAAAAUAGGUGCGCUAAGCGGAGAAGGACGAGCUAAGCAAGUUCAUAGGAGCAUAGGAGCAUUUCUGCUUUUGCAAAGAUCUACCAGUAGCCAAGUCACAAGGACCACCUUACUGACUUUCCUACAGUUUUGGUCCAGAUGUUCAAUUAAGUAGAAAUUAUUAAAAAUAAUGAUUGAUACAUAAAAACCGUCAAAAGUCUUCUAGAGAAAACUGCUUUUUCACUGAAAUAAUACAGAAUAAUUUAGUACUUUGAAACUGCUAUACUGGCAAAAAAUAUUUUAAGGGUUUUUAUAAGCCCGUUUACAGCUUAGCAAAGGGACAGAGUAACAUCACGAGCAUUUUCAUGUGGAAGUGAGUUUUAUAUCUGUCUGCCUAGUUCCACAUUUAUGCAUAAUACUUAAUAUUCUUCAGCACGAUUGCUAUGUCCUGUUCAGGUUAGCCCUAAGCCCAGAGUAGCGAAGGAGCCGCAGGUAGGGAGUGCCUGGUGGAAGCCGAUCUUGAAGACUUGACAUGAGCUGAUCCCAGUGGCUGGUGCCGCCAAGCGUGGUGUAAUUCCUCACGUCCAGGAGCACCAGCCCUCUGUGCUUCUGCCUCAGGUUCUGUAAUUUUUAUUUUUAAAAAAUAAAUGCUUAUUUUUAAAACGAGUCAUUAAACAGUUAUUCAUCCCACUGUUACAGCACAGCUUCUCUGUAACGAGAAGGAUGGGAAAAUGCCUAGGAGUGGAGCAGCAGUAGUGUGUGUCUGGAAAUCUGUGCUAGCAGCAGCUGCCGAAACAGGCCAGCAGCUGAGUUCAGCAGUAGGAACAUCUGCAGUUGAUCAGCUGUCCUGUCGUAAGCAAACGUAAUUGGGGUUAGAAGGUUUCCUGGAGCCUCAGAGUAUGGGCUUGAUUCAAAAGUCAAAGAAGUUUGUAGAAACGCUCCUGCUUUGGGUUUUGAAUCCAUCCCAAAGAGCCUGAAGUUGAGCCAACUUAAACAAGUUUUAAAAAUUUUUAUUCAGUUGCUUUUUAACAAAAAACAAAAAAAAGAGAGAGAGAGAGAGACAAAAAUGGGUGGCUUUGGAAGACAUGAAAUAGCCUCAGAUCUAUUUAAAUAUAGGAGACAAUGUAAGCAAUGUCUGUUUAAUGACCAGAUUGAUCCUCUUUAAAAGCGGUUGCAGUAGAUUUUUGCUUGUGCCUAGCUAGAGUGCAGGCAGACUUGCUUGCUGGUGAUCUUAGCUGCUUUUUGCAGUAGCUGGAUAUUGGACUAUACAUAAACAUACUAUAUGUAUGUAUGUCUAUAUGCAUUUUAUUAUACACAUACAUACAUACAAUGUAUUAUCACCGUAUCUUUAUAAUAUCUUAAGAUUCGGUAGCAAAAGUAGCGAUUAGGUGAGUCACUUGUUAAAAUGUUUCUUAAGCGUCUUGUUAGUUCUCAAAUCCUAACUGAAAACUGGAUCUGUUGGCAAUGACCAAUUUGAAUGAGAACAUAACUUUUAGUUCCAUUUAUUAUGUCUCCUCCCAAAAAUCACAGAGCAAGUAGAGGUAAAAGUAGACGGAUGUGUUAUUUCCAUGUUCUCUUUCAGCACAUAGUUAAAACUGAACAUCUUAAGUAACUUUCUUGGAAGAUCUGUUGCAACCAUUAUCUUGUUCUUUCUUUAUCAUGCAUUCAAAAUACAAUGCAAAAUACAAAAAAAAAUUUAAUGUAGUAUGUAAAUAUUAAACUUUUAAAAUUAAAAUGUUAUUCAAAGUGCUUACAGUCAACCACAUCUUAGCUAUUUGUUAGUUUUUUUGUGUUGUCUUAUCUAAGUUUAAUGGA